AUGGCCGAGAUGGAAAAUAUGUUAGCACAAAUGCAAGCUUUACAACAUGAAAUCAACACUCUUCGAGAGUCUCAGGCGAAUGUGAAUGACGCAUCAAGAUCAAAUCUUCAGAAAGUUCAUAUUCCGAAAUUCAACAAACACAAUCCGCAUUUGUGGUUUUCGCAAAUUGAGAGAUCAUUUGCUUUGUGUUCCAUCACAUCGGAUUCAGACAAAUUUGAUCUUGUCUCGAUUGAUAAAUUUGGUACAUUAAAGGAACGUCUCAUUACAAAAUUUGCUAAAACUUCUGAAUCUAAACUGCGACGUUUAUUACAGGGUUGUGAAGCCGCAGGUAAAAAACCUUCGGAGAUUUUAUCGACUAUGAGACGUCUAGCUCCUGGUAAACAAAAUGAGGCAAUUAUUCGCACACUAUUUCUGGGUAAAAUGCCAGAUUCAAUUCGUCCCAUAUUAUCCGUUUGGAAGGACGAUGAUUUGGAAAAACUUUCCGAAACGACCGACAAAAUGCUAGAUGCUAAUUACAACGUGACAAGUUCCGUAUCAGUAGCACCUUUACGUUUCGACGCAAGUGUUCCAGUGGAUGCAGUUGCUUCCCAUAUGACUUUUUCUGACGUUUGCCAAGCGAUUAAGAAUUUAACAGAUGAAGUUAGGAAAAUUCAUUUACAACAGAACGACAACAGAGUUAAAUCUAAUCGACAACAGUCCAGAUCUCGUAGCCGUUCACGAAAUUCUUACCAGAAUUCAACUGAGGCACAAUUAUGCUGGUAUCAUACGAAAUUUGGUGAUGCAGCCCAGCAUUGUAAACCAACCUGCCGCUGGAAACCUAAUUCGGAAAACUAUUGGGGCUGUCGUCAGUCAACACGGUUGGCGACAGCGGCAAUAAUAACAUAA